CCAAUUGUUUGACCCAUCAAAAUUCAAAACCCCCAUGAGAUCCAUAUAAAUAUGAUGCAACUUCGCGACCAAAUUCUAAGCACCACCUCAACUAUUCAAAACUAUGUCGAGUCUCAACAGCGUGUUCUCUUCAACUCUUCUGACGCAUCCUGUACUGGCGUUACAGCCCCCGAAAUGUGCUACAAACAGUCUCGUCAAUUUCCCUUUGAAUAGCCACAAGCCCAUUUUAGCAUCUUCUUUUUAUGCGCCGGCGGGUGGGUUUCGGACAGCCCAGGCUUUGUCUGCGAAAACAUCGGAGGCGGUGAAUGCUGUGUCGGGAGAGAAAAAGAAGACAGACCCAAUUGUUGUUAUUGAUAAUUAUGACAGCUUCACUUACAAUCUUUGUCAGUAUAUUGGAGAACUGGGAUUUGACUUCGAGGUGUAUCGUAACGAUGAGCUUACACUGGAUGAGCUGAAGAGGAAAAAUCCACGAGGAAUCCUUAUAUCUCCCGGGCCAGGUGCUCCUCAAGAUUCAGGAAUAUCAUUGCAAACUGUGUUAGAACUUGGACCCACUGUCCCCCUCUUUGGUGUGUGCAUGGGCUUGCAGUGCAUUGGUGAGGCUUUUGGAGGGAAAAUUGUGCGCUCUCCUUAUGGGGUUAUGCAUGGAAAGAGUUCUCUUGUGUACUACAACGAGGGGGAUCAAGAGGGUUUAUUUUCAGGUUUAUCAAACCCCUUCACUGCUGGCAGAUAUCACAGCCUCGUGAUUGAAAAGGAGAGUUUUCCUGCUGACGUUCUUGAGAUGACCGCAUGGACCGAAGAUGGAUUGAUUAUGGCUGCUCGUCACAAAAAGUACAAGUAUCUGCAGGGUGUCCAAUUCCAUCCAGAAAGCAUUAUAACUACUGAAGGAAAGACGAUUGUGCACAAUUUUAUCAAAAUGAUAGAGAGGAAGGAAGCUGAAUGCUCGGAUUAGAGCUUCAACCAACAAGAGCCUACAAUCACAGAGGCGACAACUUAAAGAUGUCAACAAGUAUACCUUCUGUUGAGAAAUUUAGCUAUGUAUCUCUUGUUAUCUUAGUCUCAUAAGAAAACCGAGUAACUAUGCUCGUAGAUGCUAGCAACUAUAGAUUUUUGCUUUGCAACACCUCCUGCCAAAUUAUGCAUGAGGGUGAUUAUGACAGUUUUAUCAGAUUUAAUUGCCUUUUAUCGUCUCUUUCUAA